UAUCUGGCAUCGCUGUUAUUCAGUCAUUGGUGGAUCGCGAGACAGUAACGAGUUUGGAGAAAAGCUAAAUUACGCGCACUCCAUUAUCAAGUCAAUUAGUGAUAGUGUGAAUAUGGCCAGCCAAGCAGAAGUUCCGGCGGUUUUGAAGAAGCUGUUUAAUCACAUCGAAGCACACAAGGCUAAAUACAUUGCAACCUUGGCGGAGGCAGUAUCAAUUAAAUCCGUCUCUGCGUGGCCCGAUUCGCGACCGGAAAUCUUUCGCAUGGUAAACUGGGUAGCCGAUCGGCUACGGGCACUCGGGGCAACCAUCGAACUGGCCGAUGUCGGAAAGCAAACGUUCCCGGAUGGGCGGGUGCUUGAUUUGCCGAACGUUAUCUUGGGCUCGCUGGGAAAUGAUCCCGCCAAAAAGACAGUCGUUCUGUACGGGCAUCUCGACGUGCAACCGGCUAUACUGGAAGACGGUUGGGAUACCGAACCGUUCGUUUUGACCGAGAAGAAUGGCAAACUAUUUGGACGCGGGGCCAGCGAUGACAAGGGUCCUGUCCUGGGGUGGAUUCAUGCGAUCGAAGGUUACAAAGCGAUCGGCGAGGAACUACCGGUCAACCUCAAGUUUGUUUUCGAAGGUAUGGAAGAAUCGGGCAGUGAAGGUCUGGACGAUCUACUGUUUAAACGGAAGGAUGACUUUCUAUCCAACGUUGAUUUUGUGUGCAUUUCGGAUAACUACUGGCUCGGAAAGGACAAACCGUGCGUAACGUAUGGACUGCGUGGCAUUUGCUAUUUCGAGGUCGAGGUUGAGUGUGCUGUCAAGGAUCUUCACAGUGGCGUUUUUGGUGGAACGGUAUACGAAGCGAUGAACGAUCUGGUCUAUUUGCUGGGCACGUUGGCCGAUAAAGAGGGAAAAAUUAUGAUUCCGAACAUCUACAAAGAGGUAUCUCCAUUGUUGCCAAACGAACAAGAGAUCUACGAUGCCAUUGAUUUUGACGUGGACGAUUACCGUGAUCAAUUGGGAGCGAAGCGGUUGCAGCACAAUGAAGACAAGACCAAGAUUCUGAUGCACCGUUGGCGUAACCCGAGUCUUUCCAUCCACGGCGUGGAGGGAGCUUUUUACGAACCAGGACAGAAAACUGUCAUCCCAAAGAAGGUCAUAGGAAAAUUUUCGAUCCGCAUCGUGCCUAAUCAAACACCGGAGCUGGUGGAGAAAUACGUUUCCGACUAUCUGACUGCCAAAUGGACCGAACGUGGUUCACCGAACAAAUUUGCCGUUCGAAUGGCUCAUGGUGGAAAACCCUGGACAGAAGAUCCGAACCACCCGCACUAUCAGGCGGCGAAAAUUGCCACCCAACACGUCUAUCAGGUGGUCCCGGACAUGACUCGCGAGGGUGGAUCAAUUCCGGUUACGUUAACUCUACAACAAACUACCGGUAAAAAUGUGCUUCUGCUGCCGAUGGGUGCCUCGGAUGACGGUGCUCAUUCACAGAAUGAGAAAAUUGACGUUCGCAAUUACAUCCAAGGAACUAAACUACUCGGAGCAUAUUUGUACGAAGUGGCACAGCUGUAAUAGUUUUAAGCGUUGAAAGAUUAUUAGUUUUUGUUAUCGGAUCCAGCAUCACAAAUGAACUUCUCAUGAAUCCAACGUGCAUUAUCUUUGUAAUAAGGAAGAAAUGAAAAUUUGAUUUUCAA